ACUCAUAUGGAAAACUAUAAUUUAACAACCCACUACUAACAACUCAUUGACAACGUGCAGUACUCUCAUCUCGAAAUCUUGUAUUCAUGACGGCUUACCAACCAGAAUUGACGUCUUAAAUUCUGAAUGUCAAAUCAUCAGAUAAGGACUUGAUUUUUGUGAACGCCCGUGUACCGCAAACCGUGUUGCGACUUUUCUUAUACGUUUCAAUAAAAUAAAAAAAUCACUAUGAUCGGUUCUAAAGCCGUACAGGCGGUCAGGCAGUUUUCGACCACUGCCAUAAGAAGAUCGGAUCACGGAUACACCGGCCCUGGACGUGUAAGUUAAAAAGAAAACGACAUACCACAUGUUACAUAGUACCCAAUCAUAAGGGAUUGUAUUUAAGUGAUCGUAAAUCGUUUAUUAGUCCGUAUAUUUUAUUCUGUGGGUUUAAUGUAACAUAUUAUUCUAUUUCAAAAAUAAUCUAACACGAAUUGAAAUUAUCAAAAGAUAAUACACCUAUGCGCAAACGUUUAUUUUUAUGGGACGCUUAACUUCAAAUUAUAUUAAAACUUAGGUAGUUAUGUUUUGUAUAGAGUUGUUUAUUUGUGAUUCCAUUGCACCUACUUUUUUUUUUCAUCUGAUUCACGGUAUAAAAUACAAUAAAUUGAGUCUCAACCAAUGGCGGUCUUCGCCCUUCUUUUAAUCGGUGGGUGUCGUUAGGUUCAUGAUAGGUAUCUGAGCUAUAUUUUUUUAUCUAAUUGGUACAUAUGGAAUAUUAAUUAAGAAUGUUGUAUGGAAGUUUGUUUUAUAAACAAGAAUGGUGGUCUGUAUAACAUUUUACCCACCUUAAAACAUGGUUCGGCAUUACUGGUGUACACUAUAUCAAUAGAUACCAGCAUAAUUUUUUCUUCCGAGAUAUUAACAUAAGUUAAUAUAAAUAGGUGCAUACCAAAUGUGAAUUUAUUUAAAUAAUAAUUUAAUUAACUCGUACACAUGUUUAUCCCAUUUGGGCCAUACCUUACAUUCCUCUUAUUACCUAUAGGUAUUCCAUUUAAAUAAGAACAUUUUACAAAAGAUUGUUUUUUUAAAUACUUGUUUGAUUUAUUUACAAUGAUCAUUUAUUAUCUAAAUAAAAUGUAUAGGUAUUUAUUUUACAAUUUGUAUUUGUUAUUUUAAAUAGAAAUUGUGUAUGUUUGAACAUUACUUAAACAUGAUAAAAUGUUAAAUAUGGCAAAUUGUAUACUUAUUGUUGGUAAAUAACUUAUUAUAUUUGAUAAAUAUUAAUUAAAUAAUAAUGGGUACUUUUAAAUCUAUUUAAAUAUCAUGUGUUAUAUUAAGAUAUUUUGUUACAUCUUAUCAAAAAAUUAAAUAAUUUAUAUACAUUUAUAUUUUUUUUAGAAUCUACCAUUUGAUGUUUACAGCAAGUAUAAAUUUACAUUGUACACAGCACUUUUCUUCAGUUCUGGUUUUGGACUUCCAUUUUUAAUGGUCAGAUAUGUUAGGAAAAGGAGCGGUUAAUAACAUUUUCAAUAAUGAGUUGAGGUAAUAAAAUAAUCAUUUUUUCACUUUAAUCUUUUAACCUUCAAGCAGACAUGCAAUAGGCACUCAACGACAUUUACACUGCUCAUGUUUCUAUCCAAAUUCAAUACAUAAAUAAAUACUCUCCCGAAUAUUUGAGCUAUACCGAACACCAUUAUACAUCUAAAUUAGUUAUUAGAUAUUACCUAGAAGUGCCGAUAAGCUGCACUGAUUUAUUAACACUGUUGGUAAUUUUAUCUUAAGAGUAGUGUUAAUACUGCACACAUGCUCGCCUGAAGGUUAAAUACCUAGAAUUAUUAAAUUUGAAUUGUAUUAUUUAUGUAUUUAUUUUUAGGUUAACUAGAAUACAGUCAUUCCGAAGAGCAUUUCAUUACUCCAAUAUCUUGUAGUUUUUGCAGAAUAUUUAUUUAAUUUUAAUAACAAUAGUAGAUACCAUAGUAAAUAACUGUGGUAGGUACGUAAUGUAUUAAAACAAUUUUCUGGUGUAUUCAAUAAAUGUUUUAAACAAUAUUCAUUGUUGAAAUUAUUUUUCAUAUCGUAAUUUAACAAAAGCAUAAUGU